AUGAGAAUUGAAUUUGAUGAAGAGGUCAAUACAGGAUUGCUUUCAUGCAUUCAUAAAAUGGAAAAAAAUUCAGCAAAAGUUGACAUGAUUCUUGAUGAAAUUGAGAGAUACAAGGCAGCUACAGGGACCUUUGGUUUUCCUUCUGCUAUUAGAGGAAGAACAACCAAAUCUCCAGUUCAUAGUAAGAAAAGAAAUCGGCUAUUUCAAGAAUGCUUGGACAAUUUGGUAUAUGUGAAAUACAAUAGAGCAUUGCUACGCCAACACACUUUUGGGGAUAUCACAACACCUAUUGAUUUGACAAAUAUUGAUGAAAGUAAUGAAUGGUUGCUUGGUGAAUUAGAAAAAGGCAAUGGGGAUUAUGAUGAUGAUGAUUCUCUUGUUUUCAUAAAUGACGUAUUGACCUGGGGUGAUGUUGGUAGAGCAGCUGGAGUUUCUGAAUCUCGUUAUGAAUCGAGAUCGACUGCAAGAUCAACACCACCAAUUGAAACUCCAUCAUUUCGAAGGCCUCAUGCAAUGAGAGGUGCAUCAUCUUCGCAAGUUGAUGAUGAUGAAGAGGAGGAAGAAUUUGUGAUGGCCAUUGUUGAAAAUGAAGAUGAUUUUGGAAAUCUUGAUGAUGAGUAG